CAGCUACAAACCCAGUCCUCUAUUAGAUCUGCCUCUCCCGUAAACAUCUCAACUUGUUUUGGUUUAUUUUUUUAUUAUUUUGUGGGUUAAUUGGUUUUUUGCUCCGAAAAGUGCAUCAAAAAAAGUUCACCCGCUGUUUUCGACUCGGAUUUUUCCGUUUUCGAUUUGGAAAAUUUAAAACAAAAAUCCGAAAGUGGGAAUUUGAAAUAAAAAUAAAAAUGAAAGAAGAUAAUGUCGGAGGAUCGGAGGUGAUUGUGGAACCACAUCGUCUGACGACUAGUGACGAGAUGAACAACGGAUCAGCAGGGGGUUCGUCAUCAGCAUCCGCUCGGGCGGUCGUCGUCCGGAAUGCGACUAAAGUGUACGGAUCUGGCAAAAAUCGAUGCGCGGUCCUCGAAGGAUUGAACAUGACGAUCAAAAAAGGAGACAUAUACGGGUUGCUCGGAGCCAGCGGGUGCGGGAAAACGACUUUGCUCAGCUGUCUGGUUGGCCGUCGCAGCUUGAACAGCGGCGAGAUACUGGUCCUUGGCAACGAGCCGGGCACUCCGGAGAGCGGCGUGCCCGGCCCGCGCGUUGGCUACAUGCCACAGGAGCUGGCCUUGUUCGGCGACUUCACCAUCAAGGAGACUCUCCAGUAUUUUGGUCGCAUCUACAAUUUGCGGGCCGCCUUUGUCGACUCGCAGUUAGAGUUUCUGACCAAAUUGUUGGACCUGCCUGCCAGCGAUCGUUACGUCAAGACGCUGAGCGGCGGACAACAGCGGCGCGUCUCGUUCGCCGUCGCCUUGUUCCACGAGCCCGAAUUGCUCAUCUUGGACGAACCUACGGUGGGAGUCGACCCUCUACUCAGACACAGCAUUUGGAAUCACCUUAUUCGCCAGAGUGUCGAUCAUGGAAGAACAGUCAUAGUAACCACCCACUACAUCGAAGAAGCCCGACAGGCCAACACGAUUGGAAUGAUGCGCUCCGGUCGCUUGUUGGUGGAAGAGUCGCCCGAAAAUUUACUGAAUUCAUACCGACUGCCUUCAUUGGAGGCCGUCUUUUUGAAGAUCUGCAUAAGGGACGGCGUCAAAAAGCGAGUCGAACAACGAAUUGGGGUCGCGGCGGACACCACCAGCACCACUGGCCCCGUUGUGACGUGCCAAACUGCGGCCCGACCUCAACAGCCCUCAGUAGACCACGUUAAUAUGGCGUUUGAUGAUUCCAUCAGUCAGAUCAGUGUCUCGGAAGUAGAACACCCCCAAUUCCCCGCCUCGCCAACCAAUUCCUCAGGAGAGCCACCAGUCAACGUCGAAUUGAUCAGCAGCACUAUUAGCAACACGACCAACCUUAGCGAAGCGGACAUCACUAUGAGUCAACAACCGGGAAGUGUUGCUGCUAUGGCAUCAGCAUCGGGGGGCCGCACGACGGGCCGCAAAAAUCGUUCGCACACCUUCCGAGUGGCCUUACCAUCGUCGCACCGGCUCGGCGCGCUCAUUCGGAAGAACUUUCUGCUAACGUUUCGGAACAUUGGGAUCUUUGUGCUGCUCUACUUUUUGCCCGCUUUCCAAGCGACCGUCUUCAACGUGACCCUCGGACACGAACCCACCGGCCUGAAAAUGGCCAUCGUCAACGAGGAGAUCAACCCCAUCCAGGGACGCAUUUGCAAUUACUCGACCGAUUGUUCGUAUUCGAUGCUCAGCUGUCGCUACCUGCGAUACAUUAAGGACAACAUCGUUCAGGUCCCUUACGAAAGUGUGCCGAACGCUUUGGAAGCGGGCAAAAAAGGCCACGUCUGGGGUGUGAUCCACUUUGGGCGAAAUUUCACCGAGGAAUUUGAGGUUCGCCAGACGGAGGGAGAUGCGGCCAAUUUAGAAAACAUCAUGCGCAGUCGAAUCAGCAUCAACAUGGACUCUUCCAAUCAACAAAUUGAUGUGUAUGUCGAAAAAUGGCUGUUGGAAGCCUACGGGAAUUUUUUCAAAGAUUUCAUGAAGGCCUGCAUGUUUGAGCCGGAAGCGGGAUACCUUCCCGUAGUGUUUUUAGACCCAGUAUAUGGACAGAAGGACACUCCGUACACUGAAUUUAUGGCCCCUGGUCUUAUUAUCUCGAUCGUGUACUUCAUGGCCGUCUCGUUAACUGCCGGAGUCUUCGUCUCUGAAAGGCAGCAAGGUCUCCUCGACCGUAGUUUAGUAGCUGGCGUGCAGAUGACUGAAGUUUUGAUCGGCCAUUUGGUCAACCAGUGCACAGUGAUGAUGGGCCAAACGGCCUUGGUUUUCAUGUGCAUGCUUUUGCUCUUCAACAUCCCCUGUCACGGAAACCUGGUCCUGGCUAUAUUCAUCACGCUCCUCCAGGGUCUUGUCGGCAUGUGUUUCGGUCUGCUGAUUGCCACUCUAUGCGAUAACGAAAACAGCGCCCUGUUGCUGUCUCAGGCCAGUUUUCUACCUUUCACGGUUAUCAGCGGAGUGUGCUGGCCGAUUGAAGGCAUGCCGUUUUACUUCCGGAGCAUCGCCUACUCCAUGCCGCUGACUUACGCCAUCGAAUCGUUGAGGUCGAUUUUCUCGCGAGGGUGGGGCAUAGAACGACUCGACGUUUACGCGGGAAUUUUGAUCAGCAUAGCUUGGAUUGUCGCCUUGUUGACGAUGUGUUUGAUAAUCAUACGAGUCCGCAAAUACGCCAGUUAAACCUCCGUACAUGCAAAACUGCGUAUAUAAGUUCCCCGCCGGAGAGGGCGGAUGUAUUUCGUUCAUCCAAGUCGAUUGGAUAAUUUUGUUUUCGGUUCGUGCAAAAACGUUACUGUUUACCGCGUGUUUUAUUUUUAAAAUUUACCCGAAUUACGAUGUCGUGGUGGCCUGAUAUUUGUUGGUAUAUAAUUAUACUAUAGUGCAAUAUUAUACCUAUCAUUGAAGACGCACUUUCUUAUUAUGGUAAAUAUUAUCUUUUUUUUAAAUUUGUGAAUUGGCAUCUCCUACACUUUUUCUUUUUGUGGUUGAGCUGUAUUGCGGUAUGCCGGAUAAGUUGGGGGACAGUUGAAACAUUUAAAAAGAAAGAGAAUUGAAAUUUAAUCAUCAUACAGGUUUUUUUUCCCCAUAUUAUCGGCUGAUAUAUAGGUCGAGUGAAAACCCUGUCGGCCGCUACCUAUACGAUGCGUUUGGAAUGAAUGUACAAUAAAAUGUAGACAGAA